CAGAUGAUGGGGAUCACUUGCGACAACGCUUCAAAUAACGAUACAAUGGUCGAGGAGUUGAUGGACUUGCUGCCAGGCUUCCCCGGCGACCUGUACCGUGUGCGCUGCUUCGCGCAUGUGCUGAACCUGGUUGCGAAGUCGCUGAUCAAGCACUUUGAU